GAUUCUGGAAGGUCGAUGGAAGGAACGACCGACGAGAUAAUCCCGCGGGUGGGCUGGCCCCGCCAAUCAGCAUCGCGCCUGCCAGACCCACCCGACGCACUUGCCAUGGGCUCCCCGCGAAUCUGGCCUAGCGACGCUUGAGGUUGCAUCCCUCGCAACUCUUAUCUGCCAAUCCAACCAAUCCCGCCUCCUCGCCCGCCCCCAGUAGAGGCCCUUGCGCCCGCCUGCAUUGAGGGGUCCUGUCUGCUGCCAUCCCGCCUAGUCCCUCUUCAGCCCAGCACCCGAGCUCACGCCUCCCCCCCCAUGUCGCUCUUUUAAAACACCUCCCGCUCCCUCCUCCCACGCGCGCCGCCGCAUCUCCUCUUCCUCCCCUCUGCCCUUCCCCCAUCACCCGCAACCAUGUCUUCCUACCCCCCCGUGGAAGAUUCAAAGGCCUUUGAUGAGCAUCAUCCCCAAAACUCCACCCACAUUGGCGAUCAUGAACGGGGUCUUUUCCACGCCAACUCGCAUGCCUUUGAUGGCGAGAAGAACCUGGGCUUGGACAGCCAUGGGCAUGUCAUCACCGAUGCCGAGGCGCCGCGUGCGCUUCGUCGUGACCUCCAGGGCCGUCACAUGCAGAUGAUUGCUGUCGGUGGUGCCAUUGGUGCCGGUCUCUUCGUCGGGUCCGGAUCUGCUCUGGCACAGGGUGGUCCGGCCUCCGUCUUCCUUGGCUUCACCAUCGUCGGUAUCCUGCUCGUCUUCGUCAUGCAAGCCAUGGCUGAGCUGGCCGUCAUGUACCCCGUCAACGGUGCCUUCUUCACGUACUCCGUGCGCUUCAUCGACCCCGCCUGGGGUUUCGCCGUAGGCUGGGAGUACGCUGUGGACUGGCUCACCGUGCUUCCCUUCGAAGUCAUCACCGCCACCAUUACCCUGCAGUUCUGGAAGGCCACGCGCGACAUCAACAUUGCGGCCUGGGUCACCAUCUUCCUCUUCAUCUUGAUCGUCAUCCAGUUCUUUGGUGUCCGAGGUUACGGCGAGGUCGAGUUCGUGCUCGCCGUCAUCAAGAUCAUCGCCGUCGUCGGCUUCAUCAUCCUCGCCAUCAUCAUCGACUGCGGUGGCGUGGGCCAUCAGGGCUAUCUUGGUGCGAAAUACUGGUAUGGCCCGCCAGGCGGCGCCACGGCGUUCCGCGGCGGUUUCAAUGGCUUCUGUGCCGUCUUUUCCACCGCAUCGUUCGCCUAUGGCGGCACCGAGUUGACUGGUCUUGCCGCCGCCGAGGCCGCAGACCCCCUCAAGAGCGUGCCCAGGGCUUGCAAACAAGUCAUCUGGCGUAUUGCCGUCUUCUACAUCCUUUCGCUCUUGCUGGUCGGCUUCAUCGUUCCCUCCAACUCUCCGUACCUGCUCGAAUCCGGCAGCAACAACCCCAAGUAUUCGCCCUUCGUCCGCUCGAUCGUGCAAGCCGGCAUUCCCGUCCUGCCGUCGAUCUUCAACGUCGUCAUUCUCUUAUCCGUCAUCUCCGUCGCCAACAGCUGUACUUUUGGCAGCACGCGAACAAUGCAGGCCCUCGCCGCCUGCGGUAUGGGCCCCAAAUGGCUCUCUUACGUCGACAAGAAGGGUCGUCCCAUCUGGUGUGUUCUCAUCCAGAUCGCCUUCGGCUUCUUGGCAUAUGUCGGCGAAGCUCCUGGCGCUAGUACUCAGCUCUUCGAAUGGCUGCUCGCGCUCAGCGGUGUCGCGGACUUCUUCAUUUGGGGCUCGGUGUGCUGGGCCCAUAUCCGCUUCCGCAGCGCGUGGAAAUACAACGGCCGCACCCUCGACGAGAUUCCCUACAAGGCGCAAUACGGCGUGUGGGGCUCCUACGUGGGCUGCUUUCUCUCCUUCGUCUGCCUGCUCGCCAGCUUGUACGAGGCCGUCAUUGCCGGACAGGGAAUGGGCGCAGCAACCCAAGCCGAAUUUUUCUUCCGAGCCUGGCUUUCUGGCCCACUGCUCGUCCUCCUCUACCUCGGCUGGAAGAUUUACAGCGGCAACUGGUUCCCGUUGCUCGUGCCCAUCUCCGAAAUCGACAUCACCAGCGGCAUGCGCUUGGAUCUUGAGGAGCUCCGCCAGGCCGCUCUGGAGAACAAGGUGGCAAAGACGUGGAAGAAUCUGCCCAUGCGUGCCGCCCGCAAUCUUUUCUAGUCGAAUCGUUGCUGCCGGCGGUCUCGCGAGCUCUUGCGUGCGCGCGCUCAAUACAUCGUUUUCAGCAGGAUCUUCUCUUGGUAUGCAAAGCGUCUUGGCGAGCUCUUGAAUCGACCUCUUCGCUUGGCAUAACUAGACGUAUCCUCUGUUGGCUGCGGUUUUCGUGUGUGCGCGUGUGUGUAGGUGGGAUGUGGGACAGGACAGCACUCGAUUUGGAGAUGUUUGGGGGAUUUUGUGUACUGUGCGAUUCGAGUCUUGUAUUUAGUUGGUUGAUGAGUUGUUUAGCUGCGUGCAAUACACCUCUUCCAACCACUUUCAGUCCCAUUUCUUUCUCUUCUUCUUUCUCUCUGCUUUUAUCAUGCU